AUGGACGCGCUGGCCGCGGCGCUCGUCGAGAACGGGGUCGUCACGCGCGGCGAGCUCCGCGACGCCGUCGAGCGCAUCGACGCGCUGGGCGUCGCCGCCGCGGGCCCGCGGCUCGUGGCGCGCGCGUGGGUCGACGACGGCUUCCGCCGGCGGCUCCUCGAGGACGCGACCGCCGCCGCCGCGGAGCUCGGCAUCGCCGCGGCGAACGCCACGGCUCCGACGGUGUUGACCGCCCUCGAGAACACCAACGACGUCCACAACCUCGUCGUCUGCACCCUGUGCUCGUGCUACCCGCUCUCGAUUUUGGGGUUGAGCCCGCCGUGGUACAAGGACCGCGUCUACCGCGCGCGCGCCGUCCGCGACCCGCGGCGGCUGCUGCGAGAGGCCUUCGACCUCGCGGUGCCCGAGGCCACGACGGUGCGCGUCCACGACUCCACCGCGGACCUGCGCUACAUCGUCCUCCCGAAACGGCCCGAGGGCGCGGCGGGCUGGGCCGAGGCGGACCUCGCGGCGCUCGUCACCCGGGACGCCAUGAUCGGCGUCGCCGCGCCGCGCGCGCCGCCGGGCUAA